GUUUACAUGUCUGGUCUUCCUAUAUUUCCUCUUUCCACCUUACAAAUUACGUACCAUCCUCUUUUCCUAUACUCCUAGAAGGCUAUUAUCCUCAAUUCAUUGCGGCUUUAGCUUUCUCUUCCUCCUAAUAUCAUCCCCACGAAUUCAAGGGGAAAAGGUCCCGAGCUAGUUAGCUAAUCAAAAGGAUCGGAGUAUAUAUAGAUGCGAAAGCUUUGUCCGAAUUUGGACAAAGAAGAUGGGCUGGAAACGGUGCUUGAGGUUCCAAUACCGGAGGAAAUGUUGGGCUGCACCAACACCGCCGUGGGUUGGAACAACCUCCGCCAUCGCAUGAAAGCUUACCAAAAGUUGCCAUCCGAUCACGAUGAAAAUCUUUUCCUGCUUAAGAUCGUCGGCUCCGCCUUAAUACCUUUCAAGGCUCAAUCUGAUCGUACCCUCACCAUGCCCGUCCGUGAUUGUUCCAUUGAGGCUUCAACGGCAAGAUAUAUAGUGCAACAAUAUGUAGCAGCAACAGGAGGCCUUGGCGUGUUAAAUUCAAUCAAGAGUAUGUACGCGGUGGGGGAGGUGAAGAUGGUAACCUCGGACGUGCAAAAGGGCGGCGGUCAGCUGCGGCUGCCGGCUUCAAACACCGCCAUGCGGAAUAGUUGUGAGGUUGGGGGGUUUGUACUAUGGCAGAAGAACCCUGACCUCUGGUUCCUUGAGUUGGUCAUCUGUGACUGCAAGAUCAGUGCUGGAAGUGAUGGCAAGGUUGCUUGGACUCAAUCCUCUUCCAACUCUAAACCCUCCAAAGGCCCUCCUAGACCUCUCAGAAUGUUUUUCCAGGGACUUGAUCCGAGAUCAACGGCAAACCUAUUCUUGAACGGGAUUUGCAUCGGGGAAAAGAAAGUAGGGGAAGAAGAGUGUUUCAUAGUGAAAAUGGAGACAAGUGCAGAAGUGUUGAAAGCACAAAGCACAUCCAACACGAAAGUCGUUCACCACACAAUGUGGGGAAGUUUUAGUCAAAGGACUGGUCUCCUCAUCCAAUUUCAAGACACCAAGUUGGUAAGGCUGAAGACAACAUCCGCCAAUGACGAUGAUCGGAGCGUGUUCUGGGAAACAAACAUGGAAUCUGUGUUGGAAGGCUAUAGAUAUGUCGAGGGAGUCAACAUUGCACAUGGAGGGAAAACCACCGCUAUGAUAUAUAGGUAUGGGGAUGAUAAGAGCUAUAGGGCAAUGAUUGAGGAGACUUGGAGAAUCGAUGAGAUUGACUUUAAUAUUUGUGGUUUGUGUCAAGAUUCCUUUUUAGCACCCGCGUACUAAUUGUUAUUAGUAAUUCUUGGUCUACCAAAAGGUGUAUACUUUUUUAAAAAUUGACAACAAUAAUAUCUUCUUUCACCAGUUUUCUUAUAAUUA